GCGGCCCCCGGGCUCAGGCGGCGCCGCCGCUUCCCGCCGCCUGCCGCCAUGGCGCGGUUCGAGCCGGCGGCGCUGCCCGAGCUGCUCCCGGUCUUCUACCGGCGGCUCUUCCCGCACGGCGCCUACGGCCGCUGGCUCGGUUACGGCGGCGCGGCGAAGAACUACUUCCAGCUGCGGGAGUUCUCCUUCACGCUGCGGGACGACAUCUACGUGCGCUUCCAGUCCUUCGGCAGCCCCCAGGAGCUGGAGCGGGAGCUGCAGAAGAUAAACCCCUACAAGAUCGACAUCGGGGCCGUCUACUCCCACCGGCCCAGCCAGCACAACACGGUGCACCUGGGGGCCUUCCAGCCCAUGGAGAAGGAGCUGGUCUUCGACAUCGACAUGACGGACUACGACGACGUCCGGACGUGCUGCAGCUCGGCUGAGAUCUGCUCCAAGUGCUGGACCCUGAUGACCAUCGCUGUUCGCGUCAUUGACCGCGCGCUCGUGGAGGACCUGGGCAUGAAGCACCGCCUGUGGGUGUACUCGGGCCGGAGGGGCGUCCACUGCUGGGUGUGCGAUGACGCAGUGCGGAAAUGGUCCCCGGCGCUGCGCGCGGCCGCCGUGGAGUACCUGACGCUGGUGAAGGGUGGAGCAGAGACCGUGAAGAAAGUGAACCUCUCGGAGCCCAUCCACCCGUUCAUCAGGCGGUCAGUGAACGUGGUGGAGAAGUACUUCGAGGAGUACGCGCUGGUGGGCCAGGACAUCCUGGGCAGCCCGGAGCGCUGGGACAAGGUGCUGGCCCUCGUCCCGGAGGAGCACCGCGAGCCGCUGCAGAGCGACUUCCCCAAGAAGCGGGACUCGGUGCAGCGCUGGGAGCUGCUGAAGGGCAAGAUGGAGCGGACGCGGCGGACAUCGAACACCGGGAAGAGCGCACCGUGCUACGCGGACUGGGAGAUCAUGCUGCAGUACUGCUUCCCGCGCCUCGAUAUCAACGUCAGCAAAGGCGUUGGGCACCUGCUGAAGAGCCCCUUCAGUGUCCACCCCAAAACAGGCCGCAUCUCAGUGCCGCUGGAUCUGCAGAGGCUGGACCAGUUCGACCCAUUUGCCGUCCCCACCAUCAGGUGGGCCAGCAGAGGGGGUCCCCAGUUGGGUUCUGGCUCUGCCGGCAGCCUCUGCAACAUCCUGCUGUCACCCGCAGCUCCCUGUGCCACGAGCUGGACGCGGCCGGCGAUGACGGGGAGCAGGAGGACGACGGAGAGACGGAGCCAAAGCGGCGUGUGCGGGGUGAGUGGGGCCACGUCUGGGGUGAGGGGGGUCUCCACCCCACCGGUGGGCUUCUCCCGCUCAGCCCCCUCUGCUCCUGCAGACUACAAGAGGACAAGCCUGGCGCCGUACGUGCGGGUCUUCGAGCAGUUCCUGGAGGAGAUGGAGCGCGCCCGGAGGGGGGAGCAGCUCCGGCGAAGCGACCUGCAAGGAGAUUUCUAACGCUGCUGGGGAGCGCGGCGGCAGCCCCCGUCCUUGCCGUGGGGCCACCGAGGGAGCUGCCUGCCACCCGUGGGGGCCCGGUGCCGUGGCGCAGGGCCCUGAUGUCCCCCAGCUGAUCUCCCCAGCUCCCUUCCGACCGCCGCUGUUUGUGCCUUUUGUAUUUUUUGUACCUUUUUUUUGCCCUAUUUUUGCCUUUUGUAUUUUUUGAACCUUUUCUACCCUGUUUUCCAUUAAAAAUUUCUGGUCA